UUAAUCAAUAAAAACAUAGAAGUUCUUUUUUUAAGUUUAAUCUUUUCAAAUGUGAGGAUGUAACUUAUUAAAUAAGAAGAAAAAAAUCCAGUAAGGUGCUUUAAAUAAAUAAUAUUAAAUGGAGUUUUCUUGACAUUAUUGGUAUAUCUAAAAACCAAGAAAUGGCUACUGAAAAUGUUGCUAGUAAUCUUCUGCACUUUGAAUAAAGCUUAACAUAAGAUUUUUAUUAAGAAUUUAUGAGAAAAAUCUUUGCUAAGAACACCUUAAAUAAGUUUCAAGGAAAUUGUUUGAUGGCAUUAUAUUCUUUCUGCUGACUCUGGUAUCUUCUGACAUGCUUGAUAACUUUAAGCACAGUCUUGAUAUGUCUGGUCUUGAGUUGAUUAAUAGCAUUUAUAAUACAGAAGGUUCAGAUAAAAAUUCACAACCAAUCAUUAACAGUUUUGGAGUUCAGAAUCAUUCUCGUAAGCGCCGAUCAAAUUUGAAUUUUGAUACUAUUAAAUUAGCUCAACAAUCUGGAAACAGAGAAGAGUUGUUGGUGAAGACAUUGACUCCUUAUUCUGAGAUUCCAUUUAUGUCUGAGCCUUCGGACAUUGUACCAAUUUUGAUUAAAGCUGAAGAUGAAACCUUUGCGACUGAAAUACCAAUGCUUUUUGCUGUAGCUAACUACAGAAACCUAAAUGGAUCUUUUCUCUCAAAUGUCAUAAUUUGGAGUUAUAACAAUACUAGUAAUGAAUUUGUUAUUCAUCAGGUUUUGGAAGAAUAUGCUCCUUAUGAAGUAGAGUUCUUUAAAGGAAAAAUCGCACCAUUGCAAUGCAAAUAUUUUUUAGCUGUAGCAGGUUAUGUUGAAGAUAAUAAUGGGACACAUCCAACCAAAGUGUCAGUUUAUGAAAUUGGACCUUCACCUGCAUUCACAUUUAUAAAAAUUCAAGAGUUUCCGAAUCAUAAUAUCCGUGCUUUGAAGCAUGUGACAAUUCUUGAAACAACCUACCUUAUGUUAGGAUCAUAUUUUAUAAACACACCUAAUGGAAAACAGUAUUAUUCUCCAAGUCAAGUGAUAGUACACCGCUAUGAUCCCAAUAUGAAUAUGUUUUAUUUUCACUCAAGCUUACCUGGGUCAGGAGUUGUAGAUCUUGAAUCUUAUAGUUAUAAUUUGAAAACUUUCAUUAUAGUUACAAACUAUCGCGAUAACAUUGGAAACUUAGACAUUUUUUCAUUUAUUUAUAUCUAUAAUGACAGAACAAAGUUGUUUGAUAUAUUGCAAUACCUUCCUACCCAUGGUGCACAAGAUAUGAACCACUUUUUGCUUAGUGGUGAAGCCUACUUGGUUGUAGCAAAUGAAGCAAAAGGAACAGUAUAUAAUAAAUCGUUUGGUGUUUACUCAGAUAUUUACAAAUAUAUCAAUGGAAAAUAUUACCUCAUACAAUCUGUUGCAACAUAUGGAGCAAAGAAAUGGGUAAGCUUAUCAGUACCAAACUGUAUGAAGGAUAUUUUACUUUUUUAUGCAGAUCAAAGAAAUAAUGUUGAUCAAGUUGGACUUUAUACAUUUUCUCACACAAAAGAAAGUUUUAAGAUUGCGCCUUUUUCAAUUUACCAGCUGAAUGAUGUUGGAGCUGCUUUUCGACCCAAUCCUUUAUCAUUAGCAACUUUUUCGCAAAGACAAUUCGGUACUGAAGCUUCAGACUUAUUUUUAAUGGUUGGUGCAAACAAUACAAUGAAAGAAUCUGUUUAUAAACUUACUUAUGAAGUCUUUUUUACAGAUAGUCCACUUGACUCAUUUACAAGAGAAGUUGAAGCAAAAUUGAUUCAGUUAAAUAAAACUUUAGAGGAAGUUAAAAUGAUGCUUUAUACUGCGCAAACUGUUUUAAAUGAUGCUGUAAAAGAAAAUGAUAGUGAUGUCAUAACAGGUUCAAAAACUUUUUUUAAUAAAGUUUUUAUUAAUAAAGCUAAUAUCAGUAAACUGGAGGUUACAAAUGGAAGUAUUGCACACGUUUUUGAGAAUGAAACUCUUAAUGAAACUUUGUUUUCUAUUGAAAAACUGUAUUCAAAUUUCAGUCAGCAAAAUCUAAUAGUUCAUAAUAUUUUUGAGUAUAAAGACCUGUUUAUGACAUUAGAUGAACAGCAAAAUAUUACAGCUAAUAUGACAUUCAAUGAAUUGUCUGUUGAUAUUAUGAAUAUUGAAAAGAAUGCUCAACUUGAUACAGUGAAUGAAAUUGAUAUCUCCUUUUUAUUUAAUGAUUUAGUUUCAUACUUAGAGCCUACAACUAUAUCUGGGGAAAAAACAUUUAUGUGUGAAGUUGCAGCAACAGACAUUCAGGUAGGUUUUUUGAAUGGACUUAUAAUCAAAGAUGACCUUGUUGUUAACAACACUAACCAAACUAUUUCAGCUCCAAAAAUUUUUAAGCAAACUACCAUAUUGAAAAACAACAUGAUUGCUGGUCUUAUAAAUAGUUUCAACGUCACAAAAGAAGUAAUGCUUACUGAUCAAUCAGGAGUUAUUUUGGGUGAAAAUUUAUUUAUUGCUCCAAUAUGUGCAGAUAAUAUUAUUUUCAAUAAUUUUGUAAACAAUCUUAACAUUUCUAAUGUUUUUUCAAAUCUUUUUACAAAAUCAACUGAACAGAUUAUAAAUGGCUUUAAAGACUUUAGCAGCAUUUUUAGUAACAGUUCAGUUAAUGUAACAUUAAAGUUAAACAACUAUGAUUUGCUGGAACUUAAAAAAGCAAUUGGGUUUAAAGAGAAUGUAAAUUAUUUUUAUGGGAAUAAAGUGUUUAAUUCAACAGUAACUAUUUUAGAAGACAUUGAUGUUGAGAAGUUUAUAAAUGAAAUUGAUCCUACCAAUUAUGUGAACGUUUUGAAUGACCAAAACAUAACAGGCAUGAAAACAUUUGAAGGCCAUAUAAUAGCAAACAAGGAUUUAAUAGUUUCAGGAAAAGUAGAUGGCAUGUAUUUGACUGAUUUAAUUACCCUAGAUGGGAAUCAAGAAAUAUUAGGAUCUAAAAUGUUUUUGGAUUCUUUAGAAAUUGUUGGAAAUUAUGAUGUGAAAGAAAAUUUUACAAUUAAUGAUAUUGAUAUAUCAGAAGUUAUUCAUACAGCAGUUAGUAUUAACAAUUCAGAUUCCAUUGAAGAAAUGUUUUUUGAAGAAAUUGAAAUUUAUAAUUCUACCAUCCAAGGUAUGGUUAAUUAUGAUAAUUAUUCAACUUUUCAACAACUAUACUCUGAUGUUUUACAUUUUGAUGGGGAUCAAGUAGUUACUGGUAAAAUACAAAUAGAUCUAUUAAAUGUAACAUCUAAUUUUAAUACUACUUUUCUUAAUGGUUUCCAUUUUCCAAAUGACUUUGUGCAAGUAAAUAAAGAACAAACAUUUCAAGGGUACUUCAUGUUUGAAGAUGAUGUAAUAUUUAAUGAAAAUAUUAAACUUGAAGGUAAAAUAAAUGAAAUUGAUAUCCAAAGUUUAGAAGACACUGUAAUCACUCUUCACAGAAAUGAGGUUAUUGCUGGUGUUAAAAGGUUUGGACAGUAUAUACAUAUAGGCGGUGAUAUAAUUGUAGAUGGAAUGAUAAAUGAUAUUGAUCUUAGUAAAGAUGUUAUGACGCUAAGUGGAGAUCAGGAGGUUUCAGCUCAAAAACUGUUUACCUCCAUUUCCUAUGAAAGUUUACUUAUAACAGUUAAAGAUGAUCUUGCUGUUUCUACAACUAUUGAUGGAGUUGAUCUCUCUCAUUUAAAUUCAGAAGGGAUGAUGAUUUCAAGAAACCAAACAAUAACAGGAAGUAUAUGUUUUCAACAACCAGACUACAAUAAAUCUACUCAUUAUGUAAAUAAUAUUGAUCUACAUUUGCUACACGAAGACAUUGUUACUUUAAACACAAACCAAACUAUUACAUCAAAAAAAGUAUUUGAAAUCAUAGAAUUAAAAAAAAAUUUGCUCACAACCUCUACAAUUGACCAAGUUGAUAUCUCUGAACUUAAAGCAAACACAAUUCUGUUGAAUGAAACUGUUACAGUGGAUGGAGAUUUUGAGAUAUCAGAUUUGAAAGUUGAAAAAGAUGUUUUGGUUACAAAGAAUUUAUUAAUAGGAGAAAAUGUAAUAACUUUGAAUGAUUUAGUUUCAAAGUAUGGUAAUUAUCAUUUUGAAAUGCUAAUAGUGGAAGGAAAUAUCCAAGGAGUUUAUUUUAAUUUAUCAAAUGUAAAUGGACUGAAUAUAAAUAAGGAUAUUGUAUAUAAAACAAAAGAACAAACUAUUGAUGGGUUUAAAAAUAUUUUAUCAGCAUCUUUUGAUAAAAUUAUUGUUAAUGGUACUAUCAACGAUGUUAAUUUUGAAAAACUACUUGACCAGGCUGUAUUUAAAAAUAGAAAUCAAAUUUUAAAAGGUAAUAAACUCUUCUCAGAAGAUUUGUAUGGAACAAAUAUUAACUCCACAUUUGUAAAUGGAUUUGAUAUCAAUAACUUAGGGCUUGUCAGAACAGAAGGAUUAGAUUAUCAAGAAAUUAAAGGAUUAAAAACAUUCUAUAAUUUAACUUGGUUGCACAAUUUAACUAUGGCAACAACAAUAAAUGGUGUAGACUUUAAGGAAUUUUCCCAAAAUCUUGUUCAAACAAACAAAGAUCAAACUGUUGUUGGAGAUACUGUGUUCCAAAAUGGAUUUUCUGUUUUAAGUAAUAUUCAUGUAAGCAAUCAUUCAAUUGUAAAUGGCUUGAUAAAUGGAGUUAAUAUUUCAAACUUAAAUGAGACUACUUUAAAGACUAAUGGAAAUCAAGUAAUAGGUUCUAAAACAUUUACUGGAACUUUAACAGUUAAUGAUUUAACAGUUUUUGAAAAAGUAAAUGGUAUCAACUUGCCAGAUGAUUUAUUGACAAAGUCAACAGAACAGACUGUGUUAGGUCAAAAAACAUUUUUAUCGUCUUUAAAAACAGUUAAUGAUGUUACAGUGGAAAAACUAAUCAAUAAUGUCAAUACAAGUGAUUUGUUUUCUUCAUCACUUCUUAUCAAUUCAAAUCAAGUUCAAAAAGUUGGUGGAGAAAAAACAUUUUCAAACAAUAUUUUUAUGCAAAAUAUUUUAUCCAUUGGGAAAGUUGAUGGGCAUAUAAUCAACAACAAUAGUUUUGUGACUUUACAUACAGAGCAAGAGAUAAUAGGACAAAAAACAUUUACAGGGAAUUUAGUUAGUGAAAACAUUCAAGUUAAAGGUAAGAUUGCUGACGUUAGUUGGGAGGAAUUUUAUAAAUCCUGUGCAACAGUAAAUAACAAUCAAACUAUUAGAAGUGACAUAAUUUUUAUCAAUGAUGUUUACAUUAACAGUAAUACUAUAGUGAGUGGCUUAGUUAAUGAAAUUGAUCUUUUAAAUUUUGUAAAUGAGAGUCCUGCUCUUCAGGAAAAUCUUUUAAAUCUUCAAAAUCAGUUAAAUGUAACUUUAAACACACAAUGCAGCUCGCUUACUUAUGCAAAGGCAGCACUUGAAGGUGGUGCAGGUCAACAUGAUUACUUUACAUUGCAACAAAAUUUACCUCAUAAAAAGGUUCAACAUGUGGAAUAUUUUGUUAUUCAAAAUGAAGAGUUUUUAGCUGUAUCAGUACCAUCAGAUGAUUUUGGUUAUCAAUGUGCUUAUUCUUAUAUCAUGAAGUAUAAUUACUCUUCCAAAAGUUUUUAUGAUUAUCAGAUUAUACCAACUGCUGGUGCCAUAAAAAUGAUAUUUUUCACUGCAUGGAAUUCCUCUUUUCUUUUUGUUGUUAACUAUGAUGAAAACUGUCCCAACAUUUCAGGUCCUUCACAGCUUUAUAAAUGGAAUAUGACAAGUUUAAGCUUUGAAAUUGAAAGUACUAUUGCAACUACAGGAGCGUCAGAUGCGUUUUUGCAGUAUCAAAAAAAUCUUGUUUACAUUUUUAUAAGUAACAUAAAAGGUGGCUUACAGUUAUUAUUAUUAAAUUCUUCUCAAACAAUUUUUUAUGAAAUAAACAAUUUACCUUCAAGAGCAAUACACGGCUUCAUUUCACCAAUUGGAUAUUCUGUCGCAUUUGCUGUGCGUUCAGACAAUAUUUCAUCUUAUGGCUGGGUUAAUAUUGCUUUAGUAACUGAAACUAAUGUAUCAUUAUAUCAACAGCUUAGUUCUCGUGGUAUAAGUUGUAUAACAUCGUUUUGGAAUAGAAAUAUUUUAUAUUUGGUGGUCGCUAAUGAUCAAGAAUACACUAUAGGAAGAAAAUCAACAUUUAGAGUAUCUGUUGAUAUUUAUGCUUGGUAUCCUGCAACAACCAAAUUUGUUUGGUUUCAAACUAUUCCUACAAUAAGAGCUGUUGAUACAUCAAUAUAUCAACUUGGAUCAGUAACUUAUUUGCUUAUUGUUCAAUUUGACCAAUCAGUUUCUCUCUAUAAGUUUAGUUACGAGUUUGGGUUUCAACAAAUGUACGCGUUUUCAUUGAACGGAGUAAGAGGUGCUACAACUUUUAAGAAUCUAAUUGGAAGUCAAUACGUUAUUCUUGCUUCAAUUUAUACAUCUAGUAAUUCCGAUUCUAUUGAGACACCAGUUCUAUUGUCAAAAAUAAAUGGAGUUGAUAGAACAAUUGCACAAAAAAGUAGUACUCAGUGCGAAGUAUAGUAUCGUUUAUAUGUAGAAUUAUUUAUUUUAAAAUGCAUUAAAAAAUAUAUAUUGUAUAUUUUGAUAAAAUUUUAUAUAAAUUAUGUUUGUCUUCAUUUAGCAGUGGGAUGAACAUACUUUUUUGUAAUAAAACAAACGACAUAAAUAUUUAUUAAAUAGUUUUUCACGUAAAAAUGUUUCAUUAAUCAAA